UACGUUGUUACUUCGUGAGAUAAGCCAGUGUCGAUGCCUGGCUUGACACCUUUUUCAGAAGUUCUUCAAGACUCUCCGGCUGGGAAAGUGAAAUUGAUCGUAGAGAACGUUGGAGCUGAAUGAGACUCAUGGAACCCUUGGGUGUUGUCCAGUAUGUGGUGGAGCCGGGCGCAUUGAAAAAAUGGUCCGACUACCCAGUCCAGCACAGAUUCACAGAUUAUUCCAAUUCAAUUGGAGAACCAACUCAUCAUACCAUCAGCCCAUUCCCAUGUCAACCAGCACUUAACAACAAACUUGCACUAUGGACUGGAGAUAUUUGUGCUUUACAAGUAGAUGCAGUGGUGAAUUCUACCAAUGAAACAAUGGAUGAUAACAGUCCCAUGUGCCAAAGAAUAUUUGCUCAGGCUGGUUCUGCACUUAAGUUGGAAAUAUUGCAUGAUGCAAAAGAGUGCAAAACUGGUGAAAUAAUAGUAACACAAGGACAUUGUUUACCUGCACGCUUUAUUAUUCAUACUGUUGGACCAGUGUACAAUGUGAAGUACCAAACUGCAGCUCAAAAUACAUUGCAUUGUUGCUAUAGAAACGUUUUACAAAAAGCAAGGGAGCUUGGUUUACACACGAUCGCGCUACCUGUAAUUAAUUCCGUACGAAGAAAUUAUCCCCCUGAUGCGGGAGCGCAUAUUGCUCUUCGAACAAUACGAAGAUUUUUGGAGCAAUAUGGUGAUUCCAUUGCAUGUAUCGUGUUUGUCUUGGAACCAUGUGAUAUUGGAAUUUACGAAGUUCUUCUUCCACUCUAUUUCCCAAGAAAUUUAGCAGAGCAAGACAAUGCCUGUUGGCAGCUACCGAACGAUAUCGGUGGAAUGGAUGGGGAACCUUUACUUCCCGAUCGACAAAUCAGAAUCAUCGACAAUCCUCAACAUGCUUUACAUGGCGAUGAAAGUGUAGAAUUAUCCACGCAAUUAGAGACAUCUGUGAAUAUUGGCGAACACGCGUUUGCACAAAUGCAGGGUGAUUUAGAUCGACAAAGACUCCUUGGGGAGAGACCACCUGCCGAUCCAUUGGCAGAUAUCAUGUUGAAACGAAUGCAACAAAAAGAAAGGUACGAGAGGCUCCUCAGAAGAGCGAAGACAGAGGAUCUGUCUGAAGUUUCAGGGAUAGGCUGCCUUUACCAGAGUGGAGUGGAUCGUCAGGGUCGACCGGUCGUCGUGUUCGUCGGCAAAUGGUUCCCGGCAACUAAAAUCAAUCUGGACAAGGCAUUGCUGUAUGUGAUACAACUGCUGGACCCGAUUGUCAAAGGCGACUACGUUAUCGCUUAUUUCCACACGCUAACGACCAGCAACAACUACCCUAGCCUUCAAUGGUUGCGCGAAGUGUACAACGUGCUUCCUUACAAGUAUAAGAAGAACUUGAAGCACUUCUACAUUAUCCAUCCAACUUUCUGGACCAAGAUGAUGACGUGGUGGUUCACUACGUUCAUGGCCCCAGCCAUCAAGCAGAAGGUUCACAACUUACCCGGAGUCGAGUAUCUUUACGAGGUCAUGUCUCCUGAGCAACUGGAAAUCCCGGCUUAUAUCACGGAAUACGACAUGACGAUAAACGGUAUGAGGUACUAUCAGCCAGACCAGGUUCCCUCAUCGCCGUCCACGUCCACGUAACUCUCCGAACCGGCCUCCCAGCCAGCGAAACACUGGACAGAAAGAAGCAGUCGGAUCGAUCAUUCAGCUCGAUAGUACCGUGUCUGUACUGGCGCGCGCGUGUCCACCACUCGUGUACACCGAACAGCAGCGUAUACAAAAGCAGCUUCUGAUCAGCUUGGCACGCGCGCGUUCCGUUCUACUCCUCGACGACGAACACCGGCCGAUCGAUCAAGCAGAAGACAGCGUUCCUGAGGAGCGGCAAAGUGCCUGGUGGUGCGACACGUUACGGAGAACGAGAGAACCGAGUUCAUCUUGUUGUCAUCCCCCCCCUCUUACAGAAAAUCACCGAAGAGUCAAAGGAAACCACUGCCCAUCUCUGUUUUCUCGCGUUGCUUUUCAUCGGACGGAUUCUUUCGUUAGUUCUCCGGAUAUCUGCGCGAGGGGAGGAAGGUUCUAUUAUACGUUGAUCGGUGCUGGACACAAUCUCGACGAAGACACGAAGGGAGAGGAAGGAGA